UCGUCGAGAUGGCGUUGUCGUCGAUAUAAACAAAAAGUGAAAUUGAUAGAUCAUCUCAGAGAAAAUGUCUGUUGGAUUGGAAAUUUGUUUUAGUACCGUUAAAGAUACGCUCAGGUCUAAGACAGAUGCACUUGUCGCAUUUAUUCAUUGGGAAAUAAUUAGCGGAGGUAAAAAAUGCGUCGGACUCGAUGAAAAAUGGCCCGAUACAAAAGAACAAGGUUCAGAACUUCUUCCUGCUAAUUGGAAUCAGAAUCAAGAGAUAUACACAAUAAGAUACAUUUCAGAAAACAGUGAAAGGUUUCUUUUGAAAAUAGUGAAAUCAGAUCAGUUCAUAUUAAUAAGUGUUAUAAAUGUCAGUAAAAAUAAAGCUUCAGGUGCAUCAAUUAAAAUCAGUGAUCAUGUUUCAGAUGAUUACAAAGAUUUCACCAGUGCUUACAGACAAGUAAAAGAAAUAAAACAAAAUCUUUCCAAAAUGUUUGUGGAUAUUGAAGGUGAAAAAACUCAAACAUCUAUACCUGUGACAUCCCAAGAUCAUCCAGUUACAUCUGAUCCUUUAAGAAGUGAUAUAUUCAGACAACCACAAAAUCCUCUGCGUAUAGGAGAAGGUGAUUUAGAUCCAUUAGGUUUGAAAGAUGGUGGUAUGUUAAUGGAUCCAAGAGGAUUUCCUAGACUUGGAGCCCAACCACCUCUAGGUAUUCCUGGACAACUUCCUAGAGGUGCUAUUCCACCUGGUGCUCGAUUUGAUCCAUUUGGUCCAGGAGGUUUUCAUCCAAGACAUUUUGGACCAGAUCCAGAUCAUUUCCCUCCACCUGGAUCCUCUGAUAUGUUUAUGUAAAUUAUGUUGAAAUUUUAUUAAAAAUUAAUUAAUUGAAGAUAAAACAAAAUAUGUACUUUUGUAUAAUAACUAUAUGAAUAUUUGGCAAAAAUAAUUUACAAAAAUAAAAAUAUUUAAAAAGAGAUAUAUAUUGUUAAAAUUGAUAAAAGAAAAGUUUGAAAAAGAUGACAAUAAAAUUUUUAUUAUUAUUUUUUUCAUAUUUCAUGAUAAGGAUAUAAAAAAGAUGAAUAUGAUAUACAAAAAAUAAAAAUACAAUGUUUUAUGAAUUAGUUGUGCUUUGCCAACAGUGACAUUGAAUUUAAGAAAUUGACUAGCCAAAAAUUUCAUAUAAUAUAUACAUUAAAUAUUUUCAGUCUUCUUAUUGUAAUAAUUUCAUGGCAAUAAAAACAAAGAUUU